AAGUUGAAACCAUUUGGAUUUGAGAGAUUCGUAUAUCACAAUAGAAACAAACUGAAUGAAGAGUUGGAAGGUGGUGCCGAAUAUGUAUCAUUUGACGAACUCUUAGCUACUAGUGAUAUCAUCUCCAUUAACGUGCCAUUGAACAAGCAUACAAAGCAUAUGUUCAACGCCGAUGUGUUUGCCAAAGUGAAGAAGGGUGCAGUCUUGGUGAAUACCGCUAGAGGCGGUGUUAUCGACGAGACCGCAUUGAUCCAGGCGCUCAAGGAUGGUACUCUAAGAUCCGCGGGUUUGGACGUGUUGGAGAACGAGCCAAACGUCAACUUAGAACCGGUUUCCUUACCAAACGUUUUGGCACUGCCACACAUGGGUACCCACUCUGUUGAGACCAUCCAAGCCAUGGAGGAGUUCGUUGUUGAAAACGUUGAGAAUGUCAUCAAGACUGGGAAAGUUAUAUCUCUUGUUCCGGAGCAGAAGGAAUUAUUCUAG